UUAUUUUUUCUGUGAAAAAUUUCUAAUUUCUGUUUCAUUUUUAUCGUAAUUGUUCAUUGUACACGAUGUCUGCACAGAACGGAAUGUAUUACAGUCUAUUGGAGUGGUUCAAAACACUCAAUCUAAAUGCACCGCAUGCAAAUGCCGAGGAGCUGUCCGACGGCGUUGCAUUAGCUCAGGCUCUUAAUCAAUUUGCACCUGAAUCAUUCACCAAUUCGUGGCUGUCGAAAAUCAAAUCGAGCGCAGUUGGCAGCAAUUGGCGUCUACGUAUGAGCAAUCUGAAAAAGGUUGUCGAGGGCGUCUAUGAAUACUAUAGUGAUGUCUUGAAUUACACCCUGCAGCCAGACUUCGCCAAGCCGGAUGUGCAGGCCAUUGCAGAGAAGUGUGAUCUAACGGAAUUGGAGCGCCUGCUUCAGCUAGUGCUGGGCUGUGCCGUCAACUGUGCCAAGAAACAGUCGUACAUAUGCGAGAUAAUGUGCCUUGAGGAGGAGCUGCAGGCGAAUAUAAUGCGAGCACUGCAAGAUCUCGAAUCAUCGACACGUCAGAGCGUCGAAGGGGGCGGCGUGGUUAGCUCCAUGUCGCGCAACUCUUUGAGCAACAUGCUCGAAGGCAAUACUAAGGCACAGGAGGAACGUGAUGCCAUGGCCCAAAAGUGUUUCGAAACUGAAAAGAAAAUGCUGCUCCUGAUUGAUGAGAAAAAUAAUUUACAGCAGGAGCUGCAAAAGAUUCAACAGGAAUUUGCACGCCUGGAGCUCAAUACAAUUGGGGAUGAUGGCGUUUCCCUAGGUCCCAUACAGGCAGGUUCCGUGCGCUAUAAUGAGCUGAGACGUCAAUUGGAGUUGGUCAAGGAGGAACUGCUGCAGUCGGAGGGCGCGCGUGAAGACUUGAAAAUCAAGGCACAGCAACAAGAGGCGGACAUACUACAUAUGCAGCAGCGCAUUGAUGAGCUAAUGAAAACCACCGCAGAGCUGACCUCUCUUAAAGACGAGGUGGACGUGCUGCGUGAGUCCACGGAAAAGCUUAAGGUAUGCGAGGCUCAACUGGAGACCUACAAGAAGAAGCUCGAGGAGUACAACGAUUUGAAGAAGCAUGUGAAAAUGCUUGAGGAGCGCAGCGCCGACUAUGUUCAGCAGAAUGCUCAAUUCGAAGAGGAUGCCAAACGCUAUGCGAACACCAAGGGGCAGAUUGAGCUCUUCAAGAAAGAGAUCCAGGACCUGCACACCAAACUUGACAAUGAGAGCAGCAAAAAUGUCAAGCUCGAGUUCGACAACAAGAACUUGGAGAGCAAAGCAUUGGCACUGCAACGUGAGAAGGAUAGUUUGCUCAAAGAGCGGGAUAAUUUGCGAGAGGCGUUCGAUGAGUUAAAGUGUGGACAGCUCUCCACAAACUCGGGCAGCUUGACGGGCAACACAGUGUCACGAGAGCUACAGCCGGCGGCUAUGGUGGACAAAAUCCAACGUCUGGAGGCGGAGAACAAGGCGUUGCGUGAGGGUCAAGGCGGUCAAACGGCUUUGGCGCAACUGCUGGACGAUGCCAACAAACGUUGCGAGCAUUUGCGUGAGCAAAUGAAGGCAGCCAAUGAGCGAAUACUCUCCCUAACGCAUGCCUCGCAAAGUGACGAUCCCAUAUUAAAAGAAAAUGAAUUGAGCAAGCAGAUCAAGCAGUUAAUGGAGCUCAAUGAGCAAAAGACCCUGCAAAUCGAGGAAUCAAGCACCCAAAACUCCGCAAUGCAGUGCAAAAUAACGCAGCUGGAAUCAACUUUGAGUACGCGGGAGCAGGAAUUGAUGGCCUAUGAAGUCAAGUAUCGCAAAUGCGUUGAGAAGGCGAAGGAAGUGAUYAAGACUAUUGAUCCGCGCAUAGCUAGUGGUUUGUUUAUAUAG